AAGAGAUCGCUUGCCCAAGACAUUGUUACUUGGGACUCCCAUUCGCUCUUUGUCCACGGUGAGAGGGUGAUGAUCUUCAGCGGAGAGAUCCACCCUUUCAGACUUCCUGUCCCAUCACUAUGGAUCGAUCUCUUGCAGAAAGUGAAGGCACUUGGAUUCAAUGCCUGCUCAUUUUAUGUCGACUGGGCUCUUUUAGAAGGAAAGCCCGGUGAAUUCCGUGCAGAUGGUGUUUUUGAUCUCCAGCCGUUCUUCGACGCCGCUACAAAGGCUGGAAUCUACCUCAUUGCCAGGCCCGGCCCUUACAUCAAUGCCGAAGUCAGCGGAGGUGGUUUCCCUGGCUGGCUGCAAAGAAAUCGUGGCUCCCUUAGGACUGUUGCACCAGAUUUCCUCAAUGCGACCGACUUUUACAUGUCGAACAUCGCCAAGAUAAUUGCGCAAAAUCAAAUCACGAAUGGCGGUCCAAUUAUUCUGAUCCAGCCAGAGAAUGAGUAUACGAAUGCCGAACCUUUUAUUCCUUUCCCCGAUGGAUCAUACAUGGAAUAUGUCAUGAAGCAAUCUCGAGAUGCUGGUGUAGUCGUUCCUUUCAUUAGCAACGAUGCUAGCGCUGCAGGACACAAUGCUCCAGGAACUGGAGAAGGCGAGGUCGACAUAUACGGACAUGAUGGAUACCCCCUAGGCUUCGACUGCGCGCAUCCUACAGUGUGGCCUGCGAAUAACCUCCCCACAACGUAUAGAAGCCUCCAUUUAAAGCAGAGUCCAACUACGCCUUAUUCCAUUGUCGAGUUCCAAGGAGGGUCUUUCGAUCCCUGGGGCGGUUGGGGCUUUGAUCAGUGUAGCGAGCUCGUCAACCAUGAAUUCGAACGAGUGUUCUACAAGAACAACUACGCUGCAGGUGUAACAAUUUACAACCUUUACAUGAUCUUUGGUGGCACCAAUUGGGGCAACCUAGGACACCCAGGUGGAUACACUUCAUAUGACUAUGGUAGUGUUAUCAAGGAGGAUCGAACUGUUACCCGAGAAAAAUACUCAGAGUUGAAGUUACAAGCGACCUUCCUGGUGUCGAGCCCUGGAUAUCUUACCGCAACCCCUGGUAACAGCUCUACCAGCAUAUACAGCGACAACCCCGAUAUAACCGUUACUCCUGUGCUUGGAAACACCACAGAUGAUGCCUCAUUCUUCAUCGUACGACAUACCAACUACUCCAGUUUCGCGUCGACUCAGUACCGCCUAAAAUUACCUACCUCCAAAGGAACUCUCACUGUCCCUCAGUUGAACCAAUCGCUCAGCCUAAAUGGCCGAGACUCUAAAGUGGUCGUUACGGACUACGAUAUUCAAGGCAGCAAGUUGCUUUACUCUACUGCUGAUGUCUUCACACAUGUGAAGCAAGAAAAUCAUACAGUACUCAUUUUAUAUGCUGGAGCUGGCGAAAACAAUGAAUUUGCUAUUCAAGGAUCGACAGGCGGGGAGGUCAAGAAGAUCUCGGGAGGAACAUCUUUCCAGGCCACAAGCAGCAACUCGUCUGAUUACAUCACAGUAAACUGGACAGCAUCUUCAGAGGGUUAUAUCCUUCAAAUUGGCAGCGGUCUCUAUGUUUAUUUGCUUGAUCGCAACACCGCCUACAACUACUGGGCUACCGAUAUCGCCAACACAACCUCCAAGCUAAUCAUCAAUGGGCCUUAUCUUGUACGCUCUGCCUCUAUAGAUGCUGACGAAUUACACAUUAAGGCCGAUUUCAACGCUACCACAAAGGUUGAGAUUCUGGGUGUUCCGGAAACUGUUUCUAAGCUCUUUAUAAAUGGCAAGGAGACUCCAACAGAGACAGCAGGUCUUGCUAAGGUUGCCAAUGUAUCGAUAACUGCCCCGUCAUUUACUGUUCCUAAGCUCUCGGAUCUCGAUUGGAAGUACAUCGACUCGCUUCCGGAGAUUACCACAGGUUUCGACGACUCGGCAUGGCCAAGUGCCGACAAGACAUCUACUGAUAACACGUAUCAAUACCUUCGAACUCCAGUCUCGACGUAUGCGUCUGACUACGGCUUCCAUACUGGUGUUCUAGUGUACCGAGGCCAUUUCAAUGCCACAGGUUACGAGACAACCUUUGCGCUUUGGCAAUCAGGUGGAACUGGAUUCGCCGCGUCGAUUUGGGUAGACGACUACCUACUCUCAUCAUACGGCGGCAACCCAGCAAACGAAAGCUUCCAAGGAAAAUACGAUGUCACUGGUCCUGGGUUCAAGGCUGGAACGGAACACGUCUUUACUGUCGUAGUAGAGAACAUGGGUCUUAAUGAAGAUCAUGGAUUUGAUGAGGAGAAAGCUCCACGAGGUAUUUUAGGAUGGCGACUUGCAACAUCCAAAGCGACCAACACUCCUAUUUCUUGGAAGUUGACGGGUAAUCUUGGUGGCGAGGACUACUUGGACCGCGCCCGUGGCCCGCUGAAUGAGGGUGGUCUGUUCGCCGAACGCCAAGGUUUCCAUCUUCCUGGUACACCAACAGCUGAUUGGGAAUCUCACUCCCCUCUCGAAGGCAUUGGCGCGCCCGGUGUUGGUUUUUACUCUGCUACAUUCGACCUAAACCUUCCUUCUGCUGAGUGGGAUAUCCCACUCUCUUUCUCGUUCACCAACAACACUGCCACGUCCGGCAUCUACCGUGCUCAGCUGUAUGUCAAUGGAUGGCAGUACGGUAAAAUCGCCAGCAAUAUCGGACCUCAGACUGUGUUCCCGGUCCCAGAAGGUAUCCUUAACUAUAACGGCUCGAAUUAUGUCGGCAUCUCACUAUGGGCGCUUGAAGCAGGUGGUGCUAAGAUCCCCGCUCUAGAACUCGUAGCCGGUGUGCCAGUUUGGACGAGCAGGGAGACCGUCGAGCUUGUGGAGAGCCCACCGUAUAACAAGCGGGAGGGUGCUUACUAGAUGAUAAUAGGGAUAAUUGCCCCGUUAAUUAGCUCCUCAUAGUUAUAAUGUUUAACGAAUCACUUCAAAUACUAGAUAUUAGGUAACGGGAAAAAAACUCUGUUCGUCUAUGGCAAUUUAUGCCAUAGGUAUUUAUAAAAAAAGGCAAA